UAAGAAUGCUGUUGCAGAUGCUUUAAGUAACUUAAAAGUCACUGUGACUCACCGUAGAACCAAACAAAAGUACACCAUUGUUGGGUUGACAAAGCAGAGAACAAAGGAUAUUACAUUUCCUCUUGAAGAUCCAGACGGCAAGGCUCCAACAAGGCAAGUUAGAAUUGUUGAUUAUUUCAGAGAGAAGUAUGGCAAAGACAUUGUUCACAAAGAUAUUCCUUGUCUUGAUUUGAUGGGUAAAAGCAAUAGGGUGAACUUUGUACCAAUGGAGUUUUGCUUGUUAGUAGAGGGGCAGAUAUAUCCAAAAGAGCUGUUGGAUAGAGAUACAGCCAAGAGGUUGAAGAAAAUAUCACUAGCAACGCCUGUAGACAGAGAGAGCAGGAUUUGUAAGAUUGUAAAGGCUACUUAUGGACCCGACAGUGGAUAUGACAUGAAGAAAUUUGGACUUGAGGUUGAUAUGAAUAUGACAUCAGUUAUAGGCCGUAUCAUCCAGCCUCCUGAACUGAAGUUGGGUGCUCACAAUGGUGAAGUGAUUAAGGUGACGGUUGACAAGAAGAAAUGCCAAUGGAACCUUCUUGGAAAGAGAGUAGUGGAAGGAAAACCUGUUGAGAGGUGGGCUGUACUUGACUUUAGCUCAUCUCAUCCGUGCGGGCUAAAUCCUAACCUAGUUAUUCCAAAGCUAAUUAAUCGGUGCAGGACUCUUGGGAUGCAUAUGAAGGAACCUGUUUUAUAUCAACGUGCUGGAAUGGAUAAAUUGCGGAACAUUGAUUAUCUCUGUGAAUUGCUUGAGAGCAUCACUAAUAGAAAUCACAGCUCUCGGGGAGGUCAUAUACAAUUUAUUCUGUGUGUGAUGUCAAGCAAGGAUCCUGGCUAUAAGUAUCUCAAGUGGAUCUCUGAGACGAGAAUUGGUGUGGUGACGCAAUGUUGUUUGUCCACUAGUGCCAACAGAGCGGAUGACCAUUAUCUUGCUAACCUUGCUCUUAAGAUCAAUUGUAAGAUUGGAGGUAGUAAUGUAGAGUUGAUUGAUGCUCUUCCUCAUUUCAAGGGAGAAGACCAUGUUAUGUUUGUGGGAGCAGACGUCAAUCAUCCUGCUGCACGAACACAACAAGUCCAUCAAUAG